AUGCGAGCCGGCGAGGCCAUGGAGCAAGGGUUGCGUGAAUGUUGCAGGAGCGUAAGAAUCGGAAAAAUUUUGAUACAACGUGAUGAGGAAACUGCACAACCCAAACUCUACUACGCCAAAUUGCCUCCAGAUAUAGAAGACCGAUAUGUCUUGUUGUUGGAUCCGAUGCUUGCGCUCUCAAUUGACUCCCCUGUUGUUACGAAAGCAACCGGAGGUUCGGCUAUUAAAGCUAUCGAGGUAUUGCUUGCGAAUGGAGUCCCGGAAGACAAGAUACUGUUUCUGAAUUUAAUUGCUGCUCCCGAGGGAAUCAAUGCGGUUACUUCAAAAUUUUCGAAACUCAAAAUAGUGACUGCAUUUGUGGACGAAGGAUUGAAUGGAAAGAAAUACAUUGUACCCGGAUUAGGGGACUUUGGUGAUAGGUAUUUCACCUCACCUUAA